AUGUCGCGGAUAGCGCCGACGCUAGUGCCAGUGACGCUGCUGCUGUGGGUGUCGCAAAGGUUGAAGGACUUUCGAGACAUCUCAGGACCUGACGACAGCCCGCGGAGGCGAUUAGAGCACUUUCAGCCAAACGAAACCCCGAUCCUGCGCUCCUUUUCUAGUACCGCCGUUGGCAGCGCCGCGAACAGCGCCGACAGCAGCGGCGGAAGCCGCGGGGACUCCACCAGGGAGGACGCUUUUGCCGCCGCUGCUGGCUCCCCCUCUUCCGCCUCCACCUCUGCCUCCUCCGCCUACCCCCGCGUGUUCGAGGCGGGGCAGGGCUCGUGCGGCUUCCCGGACACGCGCGCAGACGCGGAGGAGUGCGUGGCGGACCUGGCGGAGUUCCCCGCGCUGAGCGCGCGCAGCCGUUCCGCCACCGCGCGGAAGCUCGCGUGCCUGGCGCACAACUACUUGCGCCCGUGGAUGGGCAUUCCGGGGGUCACCGCGGGCAUGGGCGCGCGGGGAAUGAUCAAUCCCGCGAUGCUGCAGGAAAUGGGCACCAUGACGAACGUGCUGUCGUGCGCGGGCCACGUGCGCAUCGUUCGCGGGAAGAUAUUCUUCCGAUUUGGCAACUUCGAGUUCGACUGGUACCGCCUCAGGCGAUUCGUCUUCUCCAUAAAGAUGAUCCAGGAUGCGAUACGCGAGUACAAGCUACACAACCUGAACGCGGAAUUCUUCCUCAAUACAUGCGACAUGUACAUUAGCAAAGCCAGCAGUGUCGCCAAACCGCUAGCAGGGCUUCCCAUUUUCAGCGUGCAUGGCGCGCCGGGCAGCAUCGACAUUCUUUAUCCCGACCCCGUCGACCUAAGCAGCAACUACUUCCGGGAAGCAGAAGAUGAGAUUCCGUGGGAGCAAAAGGAGAGCCGAGCUGUGUUCCGGGGUGGCAUGACCAAUUACCGUGUCAUCUACCCCAAGCACUGGCGUGGCAGCCCGCGAUUCCGUGUGCACAGGAUGUCGGACGUUCGGCCGGACCUGCUGGAUGCCAGGGUUCCGCCCACGGUUAUGAGCUUCAACCCUCACCCCAUUGCAUCCCUCCAUCUUGCUCCUUCCCCCUUCUCUCUCGCUUCACCUUCCUCCGUCUUUCAACCUUUUUUCCCGUUCGGUAAGCGCCUGGGCCCGUUCGAACUGCAGAGCUACAAGUACGAGCUGGACGUGCAGGGGGGGGCGGGCAGUGGGCGUGUGUGCAGCGGCACCAGCGGUACCAUCCUCUCGCUCACCCAUCUUCUCCGCUUCCUGUCCCUCAAUAUUUUCCACCCCCUCCUUCACCCUUUUUACCCCUGCAGUCUCCGGCAAGAUGCGAUCUCAUUCGAUGCCAUCGCAUUCGGCAAGCGCCUGGGCCCGACAGAACUGCAGAGCUACAAGUAUGAACUGGACGUGGACGGAGGGACAGGCAGCGGGCGCGUGUGCGGCGUGCUGUCGAGCAGUCAGAUGCUGAUCAAGCAGGCGAGCGAGUACAGCCAGUUCUUCGACCCGCUCAUGUGCCCGUACCGGCACUUCCUGCCCACGCACCGGUUCUUCUCCGACCUGUUCAUGACGUAUGCACAUUUGACGGCCGGCGACUCUAUUGGGCCAUCCUUCUAG